UUGUGUAAUCUGUUGUAAGUUCAUGGCCUCUGAUGGGUCUCCAGUCAGAGAUGUUCAUGAGAAUCAGAAGAAGAAGAAAGCAGUUAAGAUCAGGACACACAGAUCUGAUGUGGAGGACACAGACACACAGGUGGAGAUUCAGAGACUCACUGAGGAUGGACAUGCAGCGCUGCAGACCGGAGACAAUACUGCAGCUGUGCAGUGCUUCAAAAACGCAUUGAAAGCUGCCACAAAGUUGAGUGAGGGGAGACUUCAGAGGUCAUGUGCAUUUAACCUGGGAGCAGCGUAUGUUGAAGCAGGUAGACCUCAGAAAGGGCUGGACCUUCUGUCUCGCUCUCAGUCGGGUGAGAGAGGCGAACGGAUCGCAGACCUGCAGUAUAAUCUUGCGACAGCUCACGAAGCCCUGAGGGACUGGACCCGGGCCGCCCGACACUACCUGAAGGCCGCACAGCUGUACCGCUCGCAGGGAGACGCAUGUGCUGAGGGAGACACCUGUGUUAGACUUGCUCAAUGCCAUCUGAAGAGAAAGGAGUGGAAUGAGGCUGUAGACGCUUUCAGACGCGCUGCUGAGAGUUAUAAACUAGCAGGAAACACAUCAGCCGCCGCGCUGACCCUAAAGGAUGCUGGGAAACACAUGCUGGAGAGCGGCAGCUGCACUGCUGAUGACAUCAUCACCGUGUUGACAGACAGCUUGGAGAUGAGCAGCGACAUCACAGAUCAAGAGACGCUGGGAAAGCUUCUGAUGGAUGUGGGUUUAAGUUUUACUCAGCUGAGGUUGUUCUCUGAAGCAGCUGAAUGUUAUGAACAGGCUCUUCAUCUGGUCACGUCUAAACCACACCGACUGGCGGUGAUUCUGCAGAAUCUGGGUGCUGUUCACAAUACUUUGGGUCAAUAUGAAGAGGCUCUGAAAUACCACAGAGAGGCAGCAGCGAUACACGGCUCUCUGGGCAGUCGCGUUGCACAGGGUCGGUGUUUCAGUAAUCUGGGCUUUGCUCUGGUAGAAGUGGGUGAACUGGAGGAGGCGUGGGAGAGUUUCUUACAUGCACAACAGGCAUUCAGAGACACAGAUGACCCAUCCGGUCAGUGGCAGGUCUGUGAGGGUCUCGGUGGGAUCAAACUACAGAUGAGAGACCCAGAAAAAGCCUCUCAAUAUUAUAAAGAUGCUUUACAACUGCUGUGUAAAUGCCAGGACGUAUCGAGUUCAGUACAGGAACGACUGGUCACUAAACUGAGUGAAGCAUUACAGCAGAAGCUGCUACUCCAGCAGGUUGGACCCCCAAUACAACGAGCUGCACCAGAGAGACAACAUCACAGACAGCAGAAAUGGCGGGCAGAAGUGAUCUCUGAAACCCAGCAGAACAGAAGACCGAUGCUGAAUGGACACACACAUGAAGCAGAGGCAUCUGGAGACAGAAAACCCCACAGUGAAGGGAUGAUGUCAUCAGAGUCAAUGCCAGAGACCAACAGGAAUCUGAACAACACUUAUGAGAAAGCAGAGAUCCAGCCGGAGAUUUUCAGUGGAGAAUCUACAGAAGACGAUUUGUCUUCUGAAGCUACAAAGCUGAAGCCAGUACACAUGAACGGUGGCCAGGCAUCAGUCAGAAGUGCAGUGACUCCGCCUUCUAAACAGCCUGACAGCAGUAAGGCCACGCCCAUCACAAGGAGAUUGACAUCCAGAUUCUGCACAGUCAUGUGACUAACACACGCGUGUAGAGACGAC